CUACCACUGGUACAGGUAAGUAGAGGUAAGUAUUCCAUUGACUGAUCGCGGUCAAUGUGACAGGUGUUCGGUGGGUGGUGACAGGGUGACCAUGGUUACCGCUAAUUUGUGCCUGGCUCCGCCCAUCCCACCGAAUAUGCACCUAACGCCAAGCUCAUCAUUAACGAUGAGUUUAACCUACAUUGACUUAACUGAAUAAUAAACAAUGUCUACAUAGUUAGGUGACACCACUAAAAUACACUCAUCUUUUCUAAAUAAAGUAGAAAUAAGAAAGUUUAACUUAACUGUUGGCUUGUCACCAGAAAACUGAUCAAAACAAUGAAGCAAAGGACAAAAGCCUGAACCCUUAAGCUCACAGUGGAGAGCGUUGUGUCAGGCUGCCAAUAAUCAUCGAAUUCCAGGGGUUAGCCAGCAUCUGUCAUGAAUACCAUCAGCAGCAGUUGUAAGCCAUUUUUAGCAGUUCACAUGCAAAUAUCCGGCAAUGAUACGUGGUCUAUCUUGUUUGACUUAUAAUCUUGAUUAUUUUUUGACACUAAGGUACUUGUAAGUGAAGUUGUUGUACAGUUUAUGUGAUGUUCAAUAUUUCUGUUCAUUAAAUAAACGAGAAGAAUCGAGAAAAUGUGUUAAUAACGUGGAGAAUGACUCUGAUUGGUUGAUUUUGUCAGUGACUAAAAGAAGAGUAAAUAGAUCCUGUGGCUUAUGAAAGAACUUGCGAAAGCUUAAAUGUGACGUAGAAAUGCAAAUGUCGUCUGACUCGUCAUGAACUAAACCAAUUCUUGUUUGCUUGCACAAAAUAAAACAAACACACAAUGGCUCCCGAUAAAGAACCUUUUCACUUUACACGUUUUCAAAGAUACAAGCUUUAUAUAAGAUGAAAAAUGGCUUUCCUCUGCCCCUCUCAACUUACUGUGAAAAAGAAAGUUCUCCGUGGAAAAAGUCCCAUACCUCCCGACUCUUAUGUAGUGAAUGGAAGAACGGACAAUUCUACACCAACGGAGUACAAAUCUGCUCUAAAAAGCCCAACGUCUUCGACAGACUCCAGUAAUAAAACAAGCAAUCAACAAAGAACUGUGCGAAUCAAAGAAACGACGACUCUCAAACACGAGACUCUAGUGGAGCGAAAAAUAAAAGCUGCUUCUCCUACAAAACCUGCAAAUAUCAGGGUAAAAGUUACUCAUGACUUCAAGUCUGAGGAUGAUGAAGAACUGACUGUACAUAAAGGGCAUUACGUCAAUAUAAUAUACCAAAAACACGAUUGGGUUUACGUCAAAGACUCGGCUGGCCAUCAAGGAUUUAUACCUUAUGUUUAUUGCUCUACUGUCAAUGUUUCCACGGACUCAAAGUCGAGUACUUCAGGUUAUGAAGAAAGCUUCGAAGAGAGUGAUGAUGUUGAACAUAGUGGUGUUGACAGGAAUAUUAAUAAACGAGGCAAAAAGUCAAGCAAACAUCAACAUCAUCAAUCAAGAACUAGUGGUAAGACUACUCCUACGACUUACUUUCCUAAGAGACCUUACGGUCCACAAAUGACAGUAUUGUAUGAUUAUAAAGCAAGAUACGAGAAUGAUUUACGAGUACUUAGAGGAGAAAGUGUGAUGCUGUUGAAUGAUCAGGACCCGGAGUGGCUGUGGGUUGCAACAGAAGAUGGAGAGGAAGGUUUUAUUCCUAGAACAUUUGUUAUAUCACACACUUGUGAAGGGUGUCGUAAAAAGAUACUGCACGAACAAGUAUAUUCUCCCUGUACAAAUGGCGACAUCAACACCUCUGACGUCACAGUCACAAGUUCAAGUUCAAUAGACAAGAAAUCCAAAGAAUCAUCCUUCACAGACCCUACAUCUUCAUCCUCUAGCAACGAUAAAAAAUAUUCUCUCAAAGGAUCUAAAUUGAUAGCUUUAUACGACUUUGAAGGAACAGCAUUUGAUGAUCUUACUGUUGUUGYUGGCGAGUAUGUGUACGCUAAUCUUAAAGAUCAAAUAGUUCCUCAUUGGAUAUGGGCAUAUUCACCGUAUCGGAAAAGAUCAGGGUUUAUUCCUGAAGAAUACCUCAAGGAACCAGUUAUCAGUGAUAUUUGAUAGUGCGACUGUUUGUAACACACGUCUU